CCCUCCCUCCUUCGUCUCCGCCGGAAGCGCUCCCUGGGAGAGGCGGCCGGAAACUCGGGCGGGACGGUUGCGUAAAUACUUUUGAAAGGCCCUAUCAGCGCGGGGGGCGGCACAUUUGAUCUGUGCGUGGGCUUUAACGGCGGAGAGUCCGGGAGGUGAGCGGCCUGCGCCAUGGAUGCUGAGGGUUUGUCGGAUCUCCGGCUACUGCAGGAGCUCAAGGAGAGCCGGAGCCGUUUCCAGACGCUCAUGCAGCGGCUGAUAGCGAAGUACAACCAGCCCUUUGAGGACGACCCGCUGGUGCAGAUGGCCACGCUGACCUACGAGACGCCUCAAGGAUUGAGAGUUUGGGGAGGAAAACUGAUAAAGGAAAGAAACAAGGAACAAACUCAGGACCCUUCUGGGAAGAUGAUUGCCAGAUUAAAUAGGCAGAGUCCAGACGGCAAUGAGCAUUUACAGCCCUGCACACAAGUCCUGGGAGCCGGUUCAGACAGCAGCAGUGCAGACACAAGCCUAGAAGAGGAGGAUCGGCCAGCGUGCACCUUGACGCUUGCAGUGCCUGGAAGCCCUUGGAAAAAUGAUUUAAGAAGGAAGUACUUGAGCCAGGUGGAUAUUCUGCUUCAAGAUGCAGAGUACUUUAAGAGCGCAGAGAAGAGAGGCGGAAAGGACACGCUCAUGACUUGGGUUCCUUCCUCACCUGUCACACCAGCCCCUGGAUGCCAGGAUAGUAUCUCUGCAGAGAGCUUUGGCAUGCCUGAAGUGUCAGCUUCGUCCUCCAGAGACUCGAGUCCCUCAAACCCUUGCCCUGCUGACAUGGCCAUUAUACCUAGAAAUGACAGCUUCUCCUUACUAGACACCAGCAGCAACAGCUUAGGCAACCAGUCCCUUGAGGAUGACAUUUGCAAUGUGACAGUCAGCGAUUUAUACGAAGGCAUGAUGCAUUCAAUGAGUAGGCUGCUGAGCUUAAAGCCUUCGUGCAUAAUCUCCACCAAGACCUACAUCAACCGGACCCGGAACCUCAAGAGGAGGCUCCCACGUAAGAGUGGGGUGCGCAUGAACAGGACAUUCUGCCACAGGAGCAAGCCCUCCCAGAGGAGCUCCAAGAAGGGGCCCUGCUUAGAGCCAGGGAAAGAGGCCAGAAUAUUAAAAGACUGCAAGAAUGUAUUGCACAUUGCUCCCCACAAGAGAGACUUAAAACUGAAAAGGGGAUCUCUUGAAGGAAGCAAACUCCAAGUCCAUAAACUCAGUCCAGCUUGGAAGGAGCUUCAGGGGACACCUCAGAAGUGUUUAGACUUAAACACGAUGUACUACCUUGAGCGAGAAAACAGACUCAAGACCUUGCAGUGGCUAAUCUCACCUGUUAAAGCGCUCCCCAGACCCAGGAUGCUUCCGAGUCGAGCAGAGAAGUGCUACAGGGAGAUUAGAAGGAAAUUUGAGCAGCUUCAUCAGGAAUGUUGCCUGUCUUCUGGGAAAAAACUUCACCUGCCUGGCCCCACAGAGUCCUGGGCUGUAGAUGUGUACAGAGGUGGUUCUAGAAGCCCAGGCAGCCCCCAGGGCGUAAAAACCCACAGGCUGAGUUUACUUUUCAACAGAGGAAAGGCAAAGAGGUCAAGUGAGGCUUUUGAAGACCUGAGCGAAAUGUCUGUCAAAGCCAGUAGAUGUCUCCCAAGGAGUGAUCCCGCUCCUUCACUGUCAGAGGACAGUGCCUCACAAAGCCCAGGCCAAUCUCAACAGAUGUCUGGCCUUUUUCUUCAAGGACAUAAUUCUGGACCCAUCAGAAAGGCGGUAUCACCCAGUAGAGCAAUUUCAGCACCAUGGAUAGGCCCUCAGGGUUGUGGGGGGAAUCGCUAUGAUGAGAUUAAAAAAGAAUUUGACAAGCUUUAUCAGAAGUAUUGCCUGAUGUCACCUCAGCGGGUGAAGGUGACCUCUCAUGUUCCAGUACCUCCAGUGAAAGCUGGUGCAGCUGUUCCUAGUCAGACAGAGGACUUAAGAAAAUUAAAUCCAGACUCUGGAUUCCAGAGUUCCCCCAAAUCGUCAACAUCUCCUGGCUGGAGCAUAAGAAGCCCACAAGACUCAAUUCCAGUUGAGGCACACAUGUCUGCGUGGACUACUAGCACUAUCGUGAGAGACCCUCGGUUCCCAACAAAGAGGCGCAAGUUGUCGUACCCUCCCACGUGUGCGCACCAGGCCAAGUCUCAGGAUUCCUCAGGAACAGCAAGCAAAGCCGUGCUCUGGGCAGAAGAGCAAGCUGACCCUGAGGGGCCUGACUGCUGAUGAGGCGUUUCUGUCUGUUGGGCGUGGUGGUUAUGUGUAUCAAGUAGCUGCUGAGGGACAAGACUCUGUGGCAAACACUUCUGUCUCUCUUGUUGGAAAUGGGACUCGGGGCAUCACACUUGCUAAGCAGUCUAUAACUCUGCAGCCCCUGUAGACACUCAGCCUCUGUGUGGCCACCCGCCCCGCUCUGCAUCACACCAUCAUCUCCAUCCGGCCACCCGCCCUGCUCUGCAUCACACCAUCAUCUCUGUGAGGCCACCCGCCCCGCUCUGUAUCACGCCAUCAUCUCCGUCCAGCCACCCGCCCUGCUCUGUAUCAUGCCAUCAUCUCCGUCCAGCCACCCGCCCUGCUCUGCAUCACACCAUCAUCUCCAUCCGGCCACCCGCCCCACUCUGCAUCACACCAUCAUCUCCAUCCUGCCACCCGCCCCGCUCUGCAUCACACCAUCACCUCCAUCCGGCCACCCGCCCCGCUCUGCACCACACCAUCAUCUCUGUCCUUUCGUGUGGAAUGUUAGUGGUGCCUUGGGCUUCCCUGGCCACCCAGCCAAGCUCAGCCAUUAUCAGCCAUUAUUGCUUCUCCUGACCAUAUUCAGGAGGAUCCUCAAUGGUAUUCUUUCUCUUAAUUUUAAUUAUUUGCCUUGUCUCUACUCCGCUCUCCCCCACAUCUUCACCAUCCAUACUUCUGCCUCUGCACCUACCCAUGCUUCAAGAGGACAUGGUAAACAUGGGUAAACAUGGUAAACAUGGACUAGGGCAUAAUAUAGAACCCUUGGCUUGAUCUUUGGAGCUCUGGAUUUUAUUUUUUCUUUUGGGGGGAAUUUUUGUUUCAUUUGGUUUUUGAGACAGGUUCUUACCUAAUUAAGGACUGACCUUGGCCUCACUGUAUAGUCCAGAUGAUCUUGAGUUCCUGCUCCUCCUGCCUCUGCUUCCCAAAUGCUGAGAGUAUUUUUGUUUUCUAAUUGAUUUCCAUGGGUAAAAUACUUUGUGAACUCUAUCUUCCUGGUUGAAAUUCCAGGAAGGGACUUGCCUAUGAUCAGGUCACAGCAGGGCUAGACCUGUAGAGCAACCUAUGACAACUGGGUCUCAGGGUGUACCCACCAACAGUAUCCUUGUUUUUGGUCUAGAGCUGUUUGCCUAACUGCCUCGACCUCUUGAGCCUUUUCCUAGACCAGACUGCCACCUUGUGUUCAGUGGCCUGCUCCGGGCACUGGGAGUGACUGAGAGAGUGUGCUCAUAGUCAGGUCACUUCAGCAUAACCUGAGAUCCUGUGAUGGGAAGGACAAGGUCUCUAAAACGGAAGCCCAUAACCUCCAUCCUCAUCCAGCCCCUGUGUCCUCAGCCUUCUGCUCAUGUCCCCAGCUGUCCCAGGAACACAGCCGUGUCCCCUGCCCUUCCGUCUGGACCUUCUUCCUGCUCUUGAUCCUAUAAAAUCCUACCACUUCAUUUUUAAACCCUGUUCUUGUUUUUCUGAGACCGGGUCUUGCUAUGUAGCCCAAGCUAAUCUUGACCUUGUGGCCCUCCUGCCCCAACCUUCCCAAGUAGGGAUAUACAUGCACAGGUGCUCCUGCCUUUGGCUUCCUUCUGUUUUCUACUUCAGUUAUAAGUCACUUGGAGAGGGGAUCAGAUCUCUACAUUCAGUGAUAACAUGAAGGCCAUUGCUAGCUAGUGCCUUCCUUGUGUGAAGCCAGUGAGCCUUUUGUAUGCCUUACUCUAUCCACACGAGAACCGUUUGGUGAGAUGGGCAGGUCCUGUCUCAUGGUAAGAAGAUGGGCUGUGUCUGCUAACUCCUAAAUUCACUCAAGUUGGGCCAAGACUUAAGCCCCAGGAUUUACCACAGGGCACAUGGCCUGCUGGGAUAACAACAACCUUUGUCAUUAAUGCUAUUGCUGUAGUGUGCCUUGGGUUCUUCAGCGCGAUGGAGUUUCCCAUCGUGGUCAUAAACAUUUAUGAGUGCAGGAGAGUAGCAGCCAGGCAUUGAGCAGCUGGCUUGAAGCACCGUUGGGUCUGUACAAAGAACUGUCUUCACCGUUCAGGAUGGAAAAUGACUUUUUAAAAAUGUUGCCUUGCCCCAGCUGUGCUUUUCGAUGGGGUCUCUGUCACUUGUCACCCGUGCUGGCCGUAGAUGCCCCUCAAGCACGCAGCACCACGACCAUUCUGCCUUUGCUUUGCCCCUGUGUGUUGCUCUGCUUGAGGUGUCUGUCCUUAAAGUAGCUCUGGGGCAGCCGGUGUCAUGGAAAGGGCCUGGUGUGAGUCUGCAAAUAAAGUUAACCUCUUCAGUGUCAA